UGACCGUGUGUAGUUUCAAGAUGGCUGCGGAGGCUCUCCCAUCUCAAUUUGAUGUUGUCAUUCUCGGAACAGGACUCACCGAGUCUGUCAUUGCGGCGGCCUGCUCCAGAGUCGGACAGAACGUUUUGCAUUUGGACAGGAGGAACUAUUAUGCUGGAAACUGGGCAAGCUUCACAUUCAAUGGCCUGCUGUCAUGGAUCGAGGAAUAUAAGAAUCAGCAGGAGGUACAGAUCACAGAGUCGGAGCAAGUAUGGAGGAGCUUGAUUGAUGAGGGAGAGGAUGUGGUGCCUCUCAGUUCUGUGGAUUCCUCUAUUUCCAACUUAGAAGUUUUCUGUUAUGCCAGUGAGGAAGAAGAGAAAGAAGAGGAAACGAAGGCCCCGUUAACAAGCUGUCAGCCCGUGAAUGCUGAGACUGUAUCAGAAGAGACCACCGGGGACCCUACAGAGGCUCAAGACACAGUUACAGGUGAUGACACCACAGCAUCCGAUGCUAAGACGCAGAACGAGGAGCACAAAGUCUCUGAGCCGAAGGAGGAGCAGCAUACAUCUGACAUUUCAGAACCCAGCCAAUCACAGGAAGAGAAAGAUUCGCAGCUGAUCAGCAGCCCUGAAGAUCGACCUGUAGAUGUGGAAAAGAAGAUAACAUAUCAAAAGUUGGUAAAAGAGGGACGCAGAUUCAACAUCGACCUUGUCUCCAAGUUGAUGUAUUCACGUGGUGCACUGGUGGAUCUGCUCAUCAAAUCUAAUGUGAGCCGUUACGCAGAGUUCAAGAACAUUGGACGUAUCCUCACCUGCAGAAAUGGAAAAGUGGAACAGGUCCCGUGUUCACGGGCAGAUGUGUUUGCCAGUAAGCAGCUGACUGUGGUGGAGAAACGCAUGCUGAUGAAGUUUCUCACCUUCUGUCUGGACUUUGAGCAGCACCCAGAGGAGUACCAGGACUAUACCGAGAAACCAUUCAGAGAGUUCCUGAAGAACAAGAAGCUCACUGAGAACCUGCAAGACUUCGUACUGCACUCCAUCGGUAUGGUGACGCAGCAGACCCUUACGGCGGAAGGACUAAAGGCCACGCAGCACUUCCUGCGAUGCUUGGGACGCUACGGCAACACUCCCUUCCUGUUCCCUCUGUACGGCCUGGGAGAAAUCCCACAAUGCUUUUGCAGAAUGUGUGCCGUAUUUGGAGGAAUUUAUUGUCUGCGACACUCAGUGCAGUGCCUGGUUGUGGACAAGGCGUCUAACAAUCUUUUUUUAAAGUUUUUUAUUUUUUUUAUUCUAAUUCUCUUUCUCCAUCUUCACAGGCAGAUAUCUCGAGCAGUGCUCAUCACAGACAGAUCUGUACUACCUUCAGAAUCUGAUCAGCAGAUCUCAUUGGUGACGAUUCCUCCUCUGGAAUCUUCUGCACCAGCUGUGAGGAUGGUGGAGCUUUGUUCCUCCUCCAUGACCUGCAUGCCUGGCACCUAUUUGGUCCACUUGACCUGUUCAUCAUAUGGUACGGCCCAGGAAGAUCUUGCUCCAGUUGUAUCUGAGUUGUUUCACGUUUCCACCAUUCUUGGAGAGGAACCUUCAGAAAGUGCAGAGGAGAGAAGCAAGCCGGCAGUGCUGUGGGUCAUGUACUUCAACAUGAGGGACACAUCAGCCCUGGACAGCAGCAGCUACAGCCUGCCGAGCAACGUUCACGUGUGCACCGGUCCCGAUGGCAGCCUGGGCAGCGACUGCUCCAUUAAACUGGCUGAAUCCGUGUUUCGUCAUAUCCUCCCUGAUGAAGAGUUCUGUCCUCCUGCGCCCAACCCAGAGGACAUCAUCUACGACGGCGAUGGUCCGCAGGCCGAAGGGCCCGGCUUUGACGAGAGUGCUAAUACAGAAGCCGAUAAAAGCCAGGCAGAGGAAGAAGGUGCCGCCCAUGAGAAGAGUCCAUCGACUGAGAGCUCUGAUCCUGCAGAGAUGGACAGUGUUACCCAGUCGACACCGUCACACACAACCCCGUCCUCUGAAGAAUAACCCCUUUAGAGACACUUGUUCAUUUCUCCACAAUCCCUGAAUAUAUGGAAUCCAAAAUACAUCAUGUUCAUCUCCAAGUGGGCAAAACCGAAGUUCUCAAUCCUGUUAUGUUCUUUUUUAUACAUUUUAUGUGCCUUUCUUUUACAGUUUCACACUCGAUGCCUGUUUUAUUUUGACCGGUUACUGUAAGAUGUUUAUGCAUUUACUUUUUAAAAACCAAAAUGCUCCGAAUGUAUUCACAAUUUUGCAUGGUUCAAGCAAGGUGCCUAUCAUAUAUUCUGGAGUUAUUCAGAUGACUGAGAUUAUAAUGAUUUUGGUCACAUGCAGGACAAAUACUCUUUAUUUUGGCAAGAGGCUGCUUCUUCAAACCUUGUAUUUCAGAUUGCUAUUUGAAUGCUGUCUGUCUUUUCAUUUCGCCUUAUGUCUAUUUUGUGUCUUCACAUACAAAUUUACGCUAUAAUUGUUGCUGGCAUUAAAUAUUUAAUUGAA